AUGUUUUAUGAAGCCUUUCUAGCAGGUAUUUGGGCGGCGGUGGGCAGUACUUUGGGUAAACUGUCUGGGUCUUCAAAUGUUGUAGGCGACAGUUACCUGAUAUGGGCAUCAUUCUUGGCUCUGAUGAUUAUGAGCAACACCUGGGGAUGCCGUUACUACUUGCGCUCACUUGAUGCGGCUACAAACUCUGUUGCGCCUACCGUCAUAUCAGCAGCGUCUAGCUACACACUCUCUGGAAUAAUAGGUGUUACGGUAUUUGACGAAGGUGCCUCGCUACGAUGGUGGUUGGGAGUGUGUUUCAUCGUAACGGGAUUGGUGUUAGUGGCGCGCCCGCGUGAAAGUAAAGAGAUAAAUCACCAUGAA